CUGUGAUAGAAUUCCGGUCGUUCUAGAAGGCCUACAGCAACAUGCCGUGGCAGCGUAGUGAAUCAGUAACCUAGCAACCAAAGACGCCGACGCUCUAGGGGACGUGCAGUCUGGUAUCAAACUAUCUGUGGAUUUGUUUUUUAGCCACUAAGAUGGAUGUAUAUCUCGAGGCACAAACCAAACCGAUCGCCACCAUAUCUGCCUUUAGUCAUAUCCCACCACGCCGUGAAGGACCAAAAGAAAUGUCAUACUUUAACAGAGACUCUAAGGCUCCAGAAAUCUCCACCUAUGACCGUGUGUUCCAUCAGGCUGAGGGACAUGAUAUGCGACUACACCGAGAUGACAGAAAACACGAUAAAGGAAGAGGACUAGACAUACAUGAAGAGGAGAAGGCCAGAGUUGUUCCUGUGCGCUCAUCUGCAGAGUACGGCCGACAUCCUGUUCCUGACAUCUUUAAAACAAAUCCUACUUUCAAACGGGUGGCAAGCACUAAAGCAGAUUUUUUCAUGAAAAAUGGCAUUACCUGGACUGUGGAAGAAGGAUAUGGAUCAGUAGUCCCUUCUUAAACAACCUGAAGUAUCACUGCAUGUGUUACCAAAGCAGUCACCAAUAAAGCGCUGUGGUUUUGCAAAUGUUUUAGUUACUUGAUGGGUCAAUGAUAAAAAUUCCAACUUCAAAUAACUUCAUAAAAUAAUGAGUAACUGUGAAAUCCAAUUAUUAUAGAUUUCAUAAACCCCAGUUAUCAGCUUGUCUAACUUUAUUUUUAGUUAUCUGGCAAGAGACCUUAAAGAAGAAAUGAGAAAUAUGGCAGUGACAUUUCUGAGUCAGAUCAUACUUACCACUAAACAUUGGCUCUCCUGUUUUUUUAUGUUUUAGAUUUUUUUGUUACCUUCACAUGGUGCAAUCACUCAACUCUUCUGAACCCACGCAACUGAGAUCAACCUCCUACACAAAUAAGAAUCAGCACAAACGGCUCUCAUUUGCUUUUUACUCGGGUAGAAAUUUGGGCUACAUUCUGAGCAAUAAUGCAGUCUUUGACUCUCGGUGCAGAGUUCAUUUACGAUGAUUAAGAGCUAAUACACAUGUCAUGGUAUUGUAGAAAAAGUCAAAUAUAGUGGAUUGUGUAAAGCAAAGACUUCAAACCUAAUUGAGUUCAUUCAUUUUUAUGAUUCCUUCUUGUUCACAUGGAUUAUUUGUUUUGGGAAGAGUGUUGAUUAAAAAACAAUAGAACAUACAGCUAAAGACACAUUACAUACUGCUACAUUGUUACUGUACAAAUAGAACCCAGUAUUACUGAUGCUUUUUGGCUUUUUUUGAUUACAAUAAACACACCUCCGCAAAA